AUUUUUCUUUAAAAUAAGCAUAAUUUUAGACUUUGUCUCAAAGAUUUAUUUUUUCUUAAAUAUAUCAGCAUAAUUUGAAAAUAUGUACAAGAUUCUAUAAAAUUUCUCAGGGUGUCAAGUUUCUCUCCACUGUAAGAUAUUUACUGUAGACCCACUCGUAGACCCCCCACUCCCCCCACCCUUUUUCAGAGUAGGGGGGAGUCUCACAUGUUCAUAAAUAUUUAGAGAUUUUAUUCUUGCCUAAGACCAGUCUGCGCAGGCGCAAGAAAAAAAAUACAUACCAAAACAGCAUAAUAUGGCAUAAUUUGCUAAAUUUUGAAAUUGUAGCUUUAAAAAUGGAAUAAAACGGCAUAAUUUUCAAUUUUACAGAAAAAAGCAUAAAAUGGCAUAAUUUGAAUAGCUGGAAUAGCAUCUGAGCUCCAGUAAAGGUUGGCAACCCUGUCUUUCAGUCAGUCAGUGACACACUCAUUAGUGGAGAUAGGCUGAUACAGAACAUAAUAAGUUUCUGCGUCUUGUCAAAACAAAGAUGAUGAUUGAGUUACUCAGUUUUCUAAUAAGGGAUAGCUGACCAUCCAAUUGUUUGUGAUAUUAAAUUUCAAUGCUUUGUUUCAUCCACGUUAUUAUGUUUAUUUCAUUUACAAAUCAAUUCCAUAUGUUUAUGUAUAUUUUAUCAAAUCUUGUGUUAAACAGAUAGAAUAUCCAUUCCUCAUGCUUUUCCUUAGAUAAACAACUUGAACAUUCUUCAAAAUGCAGAGAAAUACUAGAAGAGGUAGUGAUGUUAAUAAACUAGGUGAUCUCAUUAAACUUGAAAGACUUGGAGAAGGAACUUACGGAACAGUUUUUAAAGUUCACAACAAGAAAACAGGAGAACUCUCCGCCAUGAAACAGAUCAAGAUUCUAGGCGGAGAUGCUGACGGCGGAGUUCCGUCUUCUGCUGUCCGGGAAAUAUCCUUGCUACGUUCCUUGGAUCAUCCCAACAUUAUUCAACUGAAGGACAUAAUCCCUGCUGAUGGGAAGUUAUAUCUCCUGUUUGCUCUCAUGUUCAAGGAUCUGCGACAGCAUAUUGACGGAACCCGACAGCAAGGGAACCAUCUUCCCAGCAACAUUAUCAGGAGCUACACACAACAGAUCCUUCAAGGACUGGACUACUGUCACAAGAGAAGAUUGUUCCAUCGAGAUCUGAAACCUCAAAACAUUCUCUUGGAUGAGGUCGGUGGUCUCAAACUAGGAGAUUUUGGUCUGGCAAAGCUUUUCGGAACCCCAGUACGAAUUACAACAUUUGAAAUUGCCACACUGAGAUAUCGGGCCCCCGAACUUUUGCUAGAAUUUCCCGAUUAUGGACCCGCGAUAGAUAUAUGGAGUGUCGGCUGCGUUCUUGCUGAAAUGAUUCAACUAACACCGUUCUUUAAAGGAACGAAUCCUCUAGAUCAAAUCCAUCGUAUUUUCAGUAUCCUGGGAACCCCCAGGGAGAGUAGCUGGCCGGGGAUAUCCUCCUCGACCAUAUAUCAGGAUAUAUCCUACAGUAUCGAGCAGACUAGCUGUUUAUCUCAGGAGUUGAGUGAUGCAUCGCCCGAGCAGAUAAAUCUACUCUCUCAGCUUUUCUGUUUUUGUCCUAAAUCUAGAAUAUCUGCAGAAGAAGCAUUAAAGCAUCAAUAUUUUACGGAGAUAUUCUCCAGUCAAGAAAAUAAUGCUGCAUCCUCUUAAUAUUCAAAUCCUAUUGUUUUUAAGGUUUAUUUGGAAUUUCAAGUCAAAAAGAAAAGUAUAUAUCUUUCUCAAUCUUAGAUCUUUACUGAAUCUCUUGUAUUAAGAAAUGUAUGUCUGUAUAACACAGUAACAGAAGCUUUUAUUUACAUAUAUAUUUUUA